AUGGGUGUCUAUUCUCGUAACGUAUUCUUUUCGUCCACUUGCUUUGUGAAUUCACGAUCGCCAUCAGUUCAUGAAGUCUCAUUCAUAGACCAGCAGAGCACGUUCAUAGACCGACAUAGCCUGUUAACGGGAAACCGUCGACGGACGUCGCUGUUGUACCAAAGUUCUAUACGGCCUCCUCCGAGGAAGAUUUUCCUUCACAAGGAGAGCAGAGAAAGCCGCCAAGUUCAGAGAGAGAAAUCCCACAACUAUCAUCAACUGGGGUCUCUUCGCUACGCUAGCUGGCUUUUGGGAAGAUUCCGCAACAUCGACGAGGAAUAUGACCGGCUCGUUGAUCACCUUCACGAUUGCGCGAAGAAGGCUGAGAGCUUAAAAACCACCAAGAGACGGCUGUCUCUUGAAACUCUUGAGCUGAUACGCCAGCGUGGAGCAGCACGAGCCGCAGGGAACCAAGAGCUCACGUUCGAGCUCGCAAGGCUUUGCAAAGAGGCGAUAAAGGAAGAUCUUAGACAGAGAAGAGCAGAAGUGCUGGCUGAAGCCGUAGAGGAGGGAAAAAAACAUUUGCUAUGCCCGUCGAUACUCCGUCAGUCGCAAGACGAAGAUGACUGCUCUCCGGAACCACAAGGGAACAACCAUAUCAUCUACAUUGCAUCGAAAAGGGGGAUGGAGAAAAUCAUCUACUUCUACUCUGAUCUCUUCGACAGCUAUGUCCACUUGCCUCCUCACCAUCUGAGGGAAGACGGACGUGUCAUUCCAGAGGUUCUCCCGUCCGAAAUACGACAUGGUAUCAUGUCGAUAAGAAAUCGUACGGCACCCGGUACGACAGAAUGA